CGAGCAUGAGCGCGAGCCCCGUGCCUCGGCCAGCACCAGCCGUUCGCUGCGCGCCGCGGGCGGAAGCGGAAGAAGGAGCGGGAGCGCGUGUUCUCACUUCCGGCGGGGGGGCGCGCGCGCUGGUUGGUCCUGCCCGGCUCCGAAAUGGCGGGACUUACUGCUAUGGAGAAGAAGCUGGCUGAAUACAAAUGUAACACAAAUGAAGCGAUUCAGCUAAAGCUAGUUCGCUUUCCUGAGGAUUUGGAAGAUGACAACACAACAUUUAAUCCAGAGUAUAGCCAUCAAGUAUUUGGAGAUGAUGAAGUUGCCUUUGGCUACAAGGGACUGAAGAUCCUCUUGUACUAUAUUGCUGGUAACCUGUCAACGCUCUUCCGCAUCGAAUAUACGUCUAAAGUUAAUGAGAAGUUUGACUGUGUGGAGGCAGAUGAUGUUGAAAGUAAAAUUAGAGAAAUCAUUCCUCCUGGUUUUUGUACAAACACAGAUGACUUUGUCUCUCUGCUGGAAAAGGAGGUCAACUUCAAGCCCUUUGGAAUGCUGCUACACACGUAUUCUGUUCAUAAUGAGGAAGCUGGUGAAGACAUAACUUAUCAGAUAUAUAAGGCUGACAUGACAUGUCCAGGCUUUCGAGAAUAUCAUGAAAGGCUUCAGACGUUCUUGAUGUGGUUUAUUGAAACUGCUAGCUUUAUUGAUGUAGAUGAUGAAAGAUGGAACUACUUUCUAGUAUUUGAGAAGUAUAAUAAGGAUGGAGCUACGCUCUUUGCGACCGUAGGCUACAUGACAGUCUAUAAUUACUAUGUGUACCCAGACAAAACCCGGCCACGUGUAAGCCAGAUGCUGAUCUUGCCACCAUUCCAAGGAGAAGGCCAUGGUGCUCAGCUUCUUGAAACAGUUCAUAGAUACUAUAUGUCUUCUCCUACAGUACUUGAUAUAACAGCUGAAGAUCCAUCUGAAAACUACAUAAAGCUAAGAGACUUUGUUCUUGUAAAGCUCUGUCAAGACAUGCUUUGCUUUUCACCAGGAAACUUAAUGCAAGGCUUCAGUCAAGAAAUGGUGAUGGAAGCUCAACAGAAGUUGAAAAUAAAUAAGCAACACACAAGACGAGUUUAUGAAAUUCUCCGAUUGCGUGCAACAGAUAUGGGUGAUGCAGAACAGUCCAGAAGCUAUCGGUUGGACGUUAAAAGAAGACUGAUUGGCCCCUAUAAGAAAAAGCAGAGAGAACUUGCCAAGAUGAGAAGGUGCCUAAGACCAGAGGAGCUGACGAAUCAGUUGAACCAAAUAGACCUAAACAUGCAACACGAACAGUUAGAAGAGAGCUUCCAACAACUUGUUUCAGAUUACCGAAGAGUUCUGGAACGACUUGCACAAGCAUGAGGAUCCUACCUGUACAGGAAACUUGCAAAUUUCUAUACAGUGUUGUGAAGCACAUCUUUAAUUGCCACUUAACUGCAAAAAAAAACUCAUGUGACGUUUUAAUCACAUUAAAGGUGAUUUGUGUUUCUGUGCAUUUUGAAUAUUUUCUAUUCUUGUGUUGUAGAUUUUAAAAUGUACUUUAGGUUUGGGAGCACUUAUUGCUGAAAUAAACAAUGUAGAUUCUCAGAUACGGUAA